UAUGUUUGUGUGCCUGAAUCCAGUUGGUGUACAAAAAAAAAUGAGGCACUGUAGUUGCUUCCCAGAAGAGUACAUCCAUUAUUAUGGCUUCAUUUGAUGAUAAAUUGUCAGAGAUAUCUGAAAUCUAUCUUGCCAGAUCACCUGACCUAACCUAACCUGUCAAAUGCAGAGGCCAUUGGGGCUUGCCUGACACUAUCCACUCUAAUAACCACCAAUAUGACUAGGUUGGUCAGCAUUCAGUAUAACUUCCAUCAAAAGCAAUCUGUCAUAUCCUGAAGCAGUAAUGUUAGUAACACAUUUUGGUUUUAUGCUAAGGAUUACCAUCCAUAUAACAAGUGCAUUGUAAUAAAAUGUAUUUUGUUUAAGUUUUAGAUUAAGAACAUGUGCCAGUUUUAAUUCAUUAGAUAUUUUAUGUACCUUUUUUUUUUGCAUGGCAUUCUUCAAAUAAUUUUCAGUUUGAGUUACUCAACCCACCUCUCUUAUAAGCCCAAAUUAGCAGCUUGAUAGAAUGAGGCAUCCAUAACUAUCGGUCAAAGUGUGAAAAGAUGAUUUUUUGCAAACAUUUCACCCCCAGCUGCCUUCUGAGUUUUCAACUUUUACCAGAUGGUAUAUAUGAUGGUCUUUAUGAUUUAAACAAAGAAUAUGCUCUAUUUAGGCAACGUCUUUGGUGAAGUUUAUUCAUAUCUUGUGAUAUUCAUGUCUUGUGUCACCACUAGACAAAAUAAGUGCUAUGCACAACUGUUGUUUGUGUGACUGUUGAUAUAAAUUUAAAGUUUGAUGAUGUGUUAUAUAUUCAUUGCAUUGUUAAUUUAUUUUUCAGUUCAUGCUAAGAACAGAAGCUAUAAAACUCUACAGAAAUAUCUUGCGACAACUUAAAAAUCUGCCUGACAAAGAACAGCGCAAAGAAAUAAGAGACUGGGCGAGAAGUGAUUUUGAAGCUCAUCGGCAUCAUGAAGACGAGAACACAAUUAGGUCUCUCCUCUACCAAGGCCAGAAACAGCUCGAAGAACUUGAGAAAAGUAUAAGACGUGCAAAUUCUUAGCAUGCUUAAUUGUAUUUAUUUUGACUAUAUUGUAGAAUGGUGUAUAAUAGCUGAAUUAUAAUGUGAUAUCAAUAUAGAGUGAGUUUUUUUUAUGAACUGUUGAUUAUGACAACAUACAAUGUACUAAACUCAUUUUCCCACAAUAAAUUGUAUAUUGAUAUU